GAGGAGAAAGGCUGUGUGUUUCACGGAUUGCUCCAGUAUUGAACUUACUUAAGUCUGCAGUUAGCUCUAUUAAAAUGCUGAAAAAAGGAAGCUCCUUGGAGGACUCAGUUUUUCUUUCUGAAAGUCAGAACAGCUUCCGAAAAUCAAGUAAUGACGACCCAGCCAGUCCUACAGAGAGCGUUGGAUCAGUAUUUAUAAGUUCAGAUGGAGAAAAUGGAACUGAUGAAAAAAGAAAGGCUGGAAAAUCACCCACUGCAUCACUUCAGACCCCUACCAGUGAAAUGGAGUAUUUUGAUGAACGGAAAAAAGUUGAUCUUGAUAGGACCAAGAGCACCACAGAUAGUCCAGUCCUGACAAGCAAGAGUGACUCCAAGAUUGAAAGGAAAAAACGUGCCUCAAAUCAGCUGAAGGCAAAUGCACACUUUCAUAAGCUGUUUCUAGAUGUGCCCAUUGAUGAGCCGCUGAAACAAAGCUUUACAUGUGCUCUGCAGAAAGAAAUUCUGUACCAAGGAAAGUUAUUCAUUUCUGAAAACUGGAUUUGCUUCCAUUCCAAGGUCUUUGGUAAAGACACUAAGAUUAGUAUACCUGUGCUGUCAGUGACACUUCUGAAGAAAACCAAAACUGCCCUUCUUGUGCCAAAUGCUCUGAUCAUAGCAACAGUCACAGAUAGGUACAUGUUUGUCUCACUACUCUCCAGAGAUACCACCUACAAGCUAUUAAAAUCUAUCUGUAUACAUCUUGACGAUACAAGCAUGGGCAACAGUCCAAAUCCCUCUUCUGCAGAAAACAGCUUCAGGGCUGAUCGCCCUAGAACUCUGCCCCUGGAUUUCACUGAAGAUUAUUCUGAUCUGGAUGGAAUAGUGCAGCAGCGAAGACAAGAGAUGGAAGAAUCCAGCAGCACAGGCUCGCAGACACCAGAGCUGGAGUGCUUCCAAGAUUAUCACGUUGUUGAAACGGAGACUCAUUUGAAAGUUUCCAAGCCUGAGGCCAAGUCUGUUCGUUCAGAUGCACAUAGUAAACGUGGGCCUGAUGGAAAAGCCCGAAACAGUCCUCGAAAUGGCCACUCUGAAGCCUUCAGGUUCCUCCACAAAGUGAAGUCCCAGAAGAUCUUAUCUCUGAACCAUGUACUUGUAUUUUAUGCAAUUCUUGUUUGUGUUUUAAUACUUUCUACCUUCUACAUGAGAUAUAAAAUCAGUGUCCUGGAGGAACGCCUUAUGUCCAUGACAGCCUUUGAUUCACAUAUUAAGGAACAUCAAGUGCACCAAGAUUUGGGAUCUCACCUGCAAAUUAAUGCUGAUGCCUUUUGUGAUGAGUUAACUGCUAAUCUUAGAAAAUUGGAAAAGGUAACAUUGUAUGAUAUAAUGCAAAUGCUGAUAGACCCAUCAAGUUCUUGCUGUGUUUCUAUGAUCUUGUAUCUUGAAAAGUGGUGAGUUACCCCAAAUUUGAUACCAAAAGGUGGCAUGUUUUCCUAGACAAAGAACUAGUUUUCAGACUAUAAAUUAACCCUAAUAUAAACAUUGGUAUGUGUAAAAGCUUUGCCUUGAACCGAAGCUUAUAACCAGGCCAAGUGUCCCUGAGGCAGACACUUCAGGGUGAUUAUUGCAUUAUGUAGUCAUCUCAACUGGUUUUUUUUCUUUUUUUUUUUAGUCCAUCAGGGCUAAGGAUUUUAAAAUCAGCCUUUAUUGGUAUUUGAUUAAUUUUUCUGUUUGGGGCUUGUUAGGAGUUUUGAUUAAGAAAAGCGGUGCUUGCUUACAUAUGCAGUCAGCUUCUUCACACAGAGUGGCUGAGAUCUGCUUGUUUUAUUCCAGUAACACCAAUGCUGCUGCACCUGUUGUGCAGUUCCCUGUACCUGACUCUUGCUUUUUACCAUUCUCUAAUUGGAAAACUAAACAUAUUUGGUGACUUAAAUUGGAAGCCUAUGCAAAACAAGUGGGUGUGCAGACCUUAUUUCCUUAUUUGGUGUUUUUCCCCUUUCUAAAACACUUUACCAGAGACUCCACUGCUCUUGUGGCUGUGCCGUGGCGUGGGUCUGCUGGAUGCUGUUGGAAUGGUUGUGCCCAGCACAGGGCAGCCCCUGGCCCUGGCACACUGCUGCUGCCCCUGCAGACCUUGCCCCACCUGCCCCCAAACCUUGACAAAUGCACCCAGUACAGGUGGGUGAAAUGCUGUGUGUUGGGUACACAUACACAGGCAGAACAUGACAAAAGCACUAGUGGAACGAAACCAAAAGUUACUUGAAUUCCUUUGUGCUUAAGUCACAUGGGGUAUUUUUGCCUCUGUUUCUAAAACUGAGUCUGUGCCAAAGUCUUUCAGUGCCUUUUUUCCUCCAAACCAAAUUUUUCAAAUAGCAUAAAGCUAAGAAUAUAAAAUAUCACUGUUUACAUGUAUGGUAUAGGUUUUAGAAAUAGUGCCAAAAAUGGGUUUCUUCCCCCACAUCGUUGCUCUCUUGGCUAUGAAAAUAUAGAGUAAUGCUGGCUUAACCCCUCUGUAUUUUCUGGACAAUAACAGUGUGAAUACAAAGGAAAAAUGCUCUGGUAACCAGAUGGUUACCAGAUACAGUCUUCUGCCAAAUUAGGUCAUUUAAGAGGUUACUGCUUUCUGGCUGUCUGGGACAGGCUGGCAAGAUGGUUCAUAGGAGACCUCAUUUCAGUGGGAAGCCAGCCAGCCAGCCAGCCCUCUGCAACAAGGCUAGGCACUGUCCCACUCCCUUAUAUAGUCUCUGCUUGGAGACAGUAAUGGACAGCUGGAUGGUUAGGUCAUUCAGCUGUUCCCAGAGAAGUGACCUUCUGUCCUGAACUAAGUCUUAAGUGGUGUGCAUUUUUUGUUUAGUGUCUUGCUUUCUUUAUUUCAUGUCUACAGGAUUGGAGCCUUAAAGACUUACCUUUAUCUGCCAGAUAUUCAGGGUGAAGAAGUCCUCUGCAUACAAGCUAAAUCAGAAUUGCCUGUAGCUGCAUAUUGCCACAUCCUGUUCUAAUCUAGAUGAGCAGUGGUUAGAAAUCUGACAGCUUUUUGUUCUCUGAGCAAAGUUGCUGCAGUUGUUUACCAGUUUCAUAUGCCUUAGUGAAAAGUGGCUGCAGCUGCAAAGGGAGCAUACAUGUUCUAGUAUAACUUGUCAUGUCUUCCCUUACUUUCCCUGUGACCACAGCGCUGUAAACUGGAGCACUGAGAUUAUCUAGAUUAAAAACUAAAAAUUACUCUGCAGUUAAAAAUUGGUUAAUGCACAAAUAUGUAGCAAUGAUUCUUUCUGUGCGACCUUGUGAUUUUUACAAGUUCUACUUCAUACUUGGAGUCAAGGAACUGCCAUUGUUUAGCAGAAUUCUGCUAACUUGGCUUUUAAUUGCAUUUAGCAGCUUGUUAAAAUGCAGCGUGUCUGUCAAAGGAUAAAGCAUUAAAUUGUGGGAGGGAAAAUGUGGCCUAAUAUUACUCAUUCCCUUACACUAACUUACCAAGCUAAAAGGAAAUUCCUGUUUACAUGUUAAGCAACUCUCAUAAAAUUAGGUGCUUCUUAGUGUUUCCCUUUCCUCAAAACAUCCUUCUUGAGAAAGGUGUGCAUCUGGGAUGGAAAUCAUGAUGUAGGACUGAAAAGUGGUAUCUUUGAACAGGAAGUACAGUGGCUCCUCAAAUUAAAGCCUGAAAGUAGCUGUGACUAAAUCUGUUACCAGUGCCAGCGAGUUACUAAGAUACUGAGAUACUGAGAAUGUGUGUGUCUGGGGAUGUGACCCACUCUAUUCCCUCCUCUCUGCUUUUAAGGACAAGGAGAUGAAAAGUGGGUAAAUAGGCUGUGUAAAAAUAGAUCUGUUCAAAUUAUUCUGGAGGAUGCAACUGGCUGAGAAUACUUUCAUUGCAGCUAAAGGAAGAUAGUCCACAAUCAGUUCACUGAACCUGGUAAAUGGGACAUGUCUGCUAAUGGUUACAAGACUGUACUUUACUGUGCAUGUAUCAUGGCUGAAGCUGUUAAAAAACUAUUUGAAUUAUCCAUUUAGCCAUAGAGCUAUGACUUGGAAGUUUGAGGCUUUUACUGGAUUUUGAUCAAGGUGAAAAUAAUUCAUUUUCUUGUCCCAUUGCUUUCUAGUUCUGAUUUUUAUUUCUGUCUUAUGACUAAUGGUGGAGGCAAUCUAUAGGAGAAAAUUUCAGAGGAUAUUCAUUAUAUGAAACUUGCUGGUUGAUUGUCUAAGUGUUACAUUUGAUGCACUUUUAUUACACUUACAAAAAGGGAAGCAUUUAACAGGAAUACCAGAGGUAUGAAAAGGUGUGACAGAAUUAACAUGCAGACAGAGUAUAUUGAAGAGUAUGUCUUGAUAUUUUUUUUAAUUUAAAAUGCAGUGUAACACUUCUUGCCUCACAACUCUUUCCCUCUCUUUUUCUAAGAUACAGAGCAACUUACAAAAACUACUUGAAGAUGGUGAAUGAAACAUCAGUGUUCUUGGACUGCUUCAGACCUCAUUCUUCUGUCUUGACAAACUGUUCCAAAGGAGCUCUGCUGGCCAGAGUUCAAGCUUCUUUA